ACAAAAUAUGUAUAUACAUAUAUACUACGUAAUACACCCUGCCCUGUAUAAGGUUUUGUGUAACAUGGCACCAAUCAGAGCUCGUGAUUUUUCCAUUUAAAACUGAAAAUUGUUAAGGUGAUAAUUUGUCAUCGUCAAUAAACGAUUGUCCAAUUACUUCUAAUUCGAGUGAAAACAUUCUGAAGAAAAUUUGACUUUACAAAGAUUCGUCAUGUUUUAUAAUUAUCAAAUGUGAAUCAAUCUCUUUUCAAAAUGGCAGAAAAUCUUUCGAAACGGCCUCCUAAGGGAAUUUUAAAAUCAUCUAGCAGCUUCGAUAAUCCAGAUAUACCCAGGCCAAGCAAAGAAACAAAAUGGGAUGAAAUGAAUAUAAUUGCGACAUUGCACCCAGCAGAAAAAGAUUAUGGUCAUAUGAAGAUUGAUGAACCAAAAACCCCAUACAACUAUGAAGGCCUGCAAGCUGAAUUUCAAUUUGAUCAAUUAGAUUCUACUGCAGUUGCUACCAAAUUGGCAGAAGGCAGUAAACCAAAAAUAUUUGAAGAAUCAAGUGAAGAUGAAGAUGAAAAAGAAACUGUUGAAGAAAGAGAAAAACGUAAAGCAUUUGAAGCAAAGAGAAAGCGUCAUUAUCAAGAAUGGCAAGUAGUUCAAAUGGCUCGAAAACAAUUACUUGAACAAGAUGAAGAUGAAGAUGAGGAGAGCAAUGAAGAAAAUGAAGAACAUGAAGAAGACAUAGAAAAAGAUGACAAUAAUUCUCUUCAUCCUGAAGAACAUGAGUUUGAUCUUAAAUUCAAGUGCAUGCCAUCUUGCAAUAUAACAAAAGGAAAGUGAUAUGGCGAUGGACAUUAAUAAAUAAUAUAAAUUACUUCGUUAGAAUUUAGAAUUCAAUUCUCUAAAAAUUUUAGUUCAUGUUAAAUUUAUUUACUAUUAUACAACUGACAAAUGCAAUAAAUUACAAUGUCCGUUUUACAUGAGUUAAAUGAUUAAGUUAAUAAAUUUUUGUAAUUGACCAA